UCGGCAGAAUGUUUUCUUCAACAUUGUUAACAUCAUAUCUACAAAAUUCUAUAGUUAUAUCCAUAGUGUUGUCAGUUUUAGUGAUUCUAGGAACAUGCAUUUAUUUUUCAAAUAUUUUUCGUAUAUGUUACUAUGCAUCGAAAAUGCCUGGACCACGGGCUUAUCCAUUAAUUGGAAAUGCGACACUAUUUUUGGAAUCUCAUGAAGUAUCAACACGCAACAUAAUAAGUGCGUCUCUUAAAUACCAGAACACACUAUCUCGAUUAUGGCUGGGUCCAAUACCAAUGAUUCUGUCAUCAGAUCCAGAAAUUGUUCAAGAACUUUUAACAAAUCCAAAUGUUUUGGAAAAGCCCACUUUAAUGAAAUUGGUGUGGAUGGAUGCAAUGGGAAGUUCCAUUCUAAUAUCAAAUGUCCCAGUCUGGAAACAUGAUCGAAAUAUUAUUACUAGAGGUUUUAAUCCAAACAUUUUAAAAUCAUAUUUUGACAUAUUUGUGGAAAAGAAUCAUAUCUUAACUGAAAAAUUAGAUUUGGAACUGAAUAAAGGAACAUCGUUUGAUAUAUUUGGAUAUUUAGCGAGAACAACUUUGGAUGCAGUUUGCGAAUCAGUUAUGGGUGUAAAUGUUAACUCCUACGAUGAAUCCACUUAUUUUAAUGCUUCACACAGUGCCAUGAAUCUUGUUAUGAUCAGAAUAUUAAGUGGAUUUAAACUUUUUCCUUUUUAUUAUCGAUUUACUAAGGACUAUAAAGUAGCAUGCAAGAAUCGUGACACUCUGCGAAAGUUUACUGAAAAUGUAAUUGCUGAAAAAAGAAACGAAUAUAAUCUUACAUCUGUUAAAAAUAAUUCAUUCGAAGUCCAAGCAAUGAACAAAAAUCAAUCAAAAAAAUCAAUGUUGGAAUAUCUAUUAGAUUUUACAAAAAAUAAUGCGGAUUUUGCACAAAAUCUACUGCGUGAUGAAAUAAACUUACUCAUUUGGGCGGCUUAUGAUACGUCAGCUACUACUCUAGCCUUUGUUUUAUUACACUUGGCAAACAAUAAAGAAAUACAAACAAAAUUAUACCACGAAAUUUAUGAAAUUCUUAAAGACAAAAAUGAAAUCGAAUUUGAUGAUUUAAUAAAGCUGAAAUACAUGGAAAUGGUAAUUAAGGAAUCAAUGCGUAUAACCGCAACAGCACCAAUAAUUACGAGAGAAGUAUCUGAAGAUAUUGAUAUCGGCAAUUAUAAAAUUCCAAGAGGAGCUAAUAUAGCAAUUCCAAUAUUUACUCUCCAUCGAAAUUCAAAGUACUGGAAGGAUCCACUAAAAUUUGAUCCAGAACGUUUUACACCGGAAAAUAUUAAAAAACAACAUCCCUUCGCUUUUAUACCAUUCAGUGCUGGUCCAAGAAAUUGUAUUGGUCAACAAUAUGCAUGGAUGCUUAUGAAAACUAUAAUAGCCACACUAUUAAAUCGAUAUGAAUUUCAUACCGAUUUAAAACUGGAAGAGUUAAGAUUGGAGGCAUCUGUGACAAUAACAUUAGUGAAUGGGCACUUAGUAAGAAUCACGCCAAGACAAAAAUUCGUCGAUAUUCAUUAAAAAACAAAUUUCAAUUUAUUCAUUCCUUAUAACAUAAAAUGGAUCAAGAAACGGCUGCUUUUAUUUAAUCAAGGACGGCUUUCUAUAAACAACGUUCCCACUAAACUAUUUUCAGUUUUCUUUGUUGAAUUAUUCUCAGACAUAAAUUUUAGUUAUUUAUAUUUUGGACUAUGUCUAUAAUGUACAUAUAUAUAUACGAUAUUGUUUUUCUUUUACCACAACUGAUAUGCUCACUUUGUAUUUUAUUAAUAAGUGAUCUUUGAUAGAAAAAAUACUGUACCAUGAAUCAUCUGACCCUAAUGAACUGCGAAUCAUAGAAAACCAUUAAGUUAAAAGCAGCUCUUGAGCAGAAAAGCGCUCAAAUAUCAAUUGUACUCGUGUCUGGGUUAUAAAGUCCAAAAACCUGAAGACUUACGAAAAAUUAUGAAUAAAACAAAGAGGAAUGAAUGUUUACUGUGCGUUAUGGCUAUGUCUGACUGUGAUGGGUAUUGUAUGUUUACAACAUCAAGUGAUGAGUCUGACCAGCUGGGUUCAUGUAUACAUCAAUCCCUCUUUGUUUUAUACAUAGGAACGUCCAU